AUGAGUCGUAGAGAAGAAGGGCGUCCGAUCAGCAGGAAUGAAGACAAUGCAGAUGGGAGAAGCGCGCCCGGCCCCCCUCGGGAUCGCACUGAUGAAGAAGCCGACAAUGAGGCCAAUGCAGUGUUUGACGUCGAGCGUUUCGGCUUACGGCUUGUGAGGGCGCAGCCGGCACCGGUGCCACCGCGCGAAGAGGAGAGUGAGGAGGAAAGCGAUGAGGAGACCGAUGAGGAAGGGGAAGACGUCGGGGAGGAAAAAAGUGAAGACAAAGAUGAUAAACCACCACGUGGUGGAGGAGGCGCCGGAGCUGGUGCUGGUGGUGCCAAGAGAAGGCAAAGGUCAAGAAGUCCGGAUCGGGAGCCGCCCGCGAAGCGACGGGAGAAUUCUGAUAAGAAAACGAGCGAAAACAAGCCGACGAAAGCAGAUUCGUAUCGAAAAAAAGUGGUUUUGGAUGGAGAGGAAUGCUCGAUUGAUAUUCUCGACACGGCUGGACAAGAAGACUAUUCGGCCAUUCGUGACAACUACUAUCGAAGUGGUGAGGGAUUCAUCUGCGUCUUCUCAAUUCUCGAUAUGGAAUCGUUCGAUGAACAUAUCGUCCGUGUCAAGAAGUCUGAUAAUUCGGUGCCAAUUGUCUUAGUCGGAAAUAAGGGAGAUAUGCGUGAACAACGUGUCGUCCCAGCUGAAUUAUGUCAACAACAGGCCGAGCAAUGGGGAGUUCACUACAUUGAGACAUCGGCAAAGAGACGAGAGAAUGUUGAUAAGUUUAUGGAGGAAUACGAGCCGACGAAAGCAGAUUCGUGUCGCAAAAAAGUGGUUUUGGAUGGAGAAGAAUGUUCGAUUGAUAUUCUCGAUACGGCUAUUCGCCAGGAUGCCGAGCAUGCCGAGCAUAAUAUUGUGAAAAUCCAUCGCGAGGAAACAGCGAAAUCUGAUAAAGUGUUAUUGAUUGGUGGUGGACAGCACGCUGGACUAAUUGUGAAUCGAUUCGAUGAGAAAAUUGGCUAUGAUUUUGCAGAAUCCAACGCCGACGUCUCCUUAUCAUUCAGUGUUCAUUUAACCGACAAAGAACAGAAACAAGUACAAGAAAAGCGAUCUUUGUACUUCAAACUUCGCAAAAAUGUCGAUUUGGAUGUGGGACGUAGUGUUGUGCACAAAUUCUUCAGGAAUUUGUUGAGUAAUCUUCCCGCAGACAAUGCAUCAUUCAUGAAGCGUGCGAUGACACUUCUCCACAAGGAAUAUACGGAGAUUGCCGAAGUGAUUAUCAAUUACAAAAUAGUCGACGAAGACGAGCAAGUCGCCAUUCCGGAUGCCACUCAAUAUGCCAAAAACCGCAAAAAUCGAGUUUCCUACCGUAACCCAGCUAAUGUCGCUGCGAGACCCCGAGUUCUGGGUCUCGCCGCGAUCGCUACAGUAACCCUUGGGUCUCGAAGCGAACAUCGGGAAAAUCGUGAAAAAAUCACAGAUUCUGGCCCGAAACUCGAAGAAGUCACCAUCGGACACGUUCAAGAGAUUCUGGAGCAUGCGUAUCCCUACGGAUUGCCCACUUCAACAAUCUCCGAAUGUUUGAGAUGUUCGAAUGAGGAAACUCUCGAAUUUUUGGAGGAAUUGAAGACGAAUGGAAUUGUUCGAAUGGUUGGAGACGAAUGGAUUCGUGUCGACACGAAAAAGGUCGAUAAGAGUAUUGAGGCGCAUCGAAAUGCGAAUGCAGCUAGUGCCACUUCGACGUCAGGGCAAGGUGAUCAACCGACUAUGGCCAUCAUUUCGUGUCUAUUCGUUGAGAAACAGGCCGUCGAUGCACUCAUUGAAGAGUCUUCCACUAUUCACAAGUACAAAUCUGGAGGAGAAUCGAACGUCUACACACUUAGAAGAAUCGGUUCCCACCGCGUUGUCGCCACAAAACUCGCGUUGAUCGGUGAUUCGCGUGAAGCGAUCACAUCGGCCGGCUCAAUUACGACACGUCUUCUUGGAAACUUCCAAAAUAUCGAGCACGUCUUCAUUGUAGGCGUCGGAGGGGCGGUCCCUCACUUCACGGACGCAUCACUUCAUGCAAGACUCGGAGACGUCAUUGUGGCAUCGCGACCACAUCAAUACGUUUAUGCACAUGAUUUAUUGUUCGAUAGGAUCACUGAACAGAUAACUGGCUUCGCCAUCAGAAACUGGAAUUCCGAAGACAAAGCGAUCGAGAGAAUCGUCGAGACGGGCGGUCAAGAACUGGUUGACUCAUGGAAUUCGGCAACAGAAGAAGCGAUUCGCCUUCUGACGUCAUCAGCUGGAGACGUCGAAUGGAAAGCGCCGCCUGAGUCGACAGACGUGUUGGCAAUGGCCGUCUCGAAGGGAAAUGUCGUCGUAAUGCCACAUCCAAAUGAGAAUCGACAGGGAGGCGCUGAAAUUCAUUUGGGAACUGUUGGAGCGAUGUCUGCUAUGAAAAAGUACGAGAAUGCGAUCGGCGGAGAGGAGGAUAAAGAAGAAGAGGUACUAGAAAUGACGGAAAUUUGCUAG